UGUUCAGCCUUUAUGAUCACGUGCGUCUUCUACCCAAUGGCAUGGCAGCCUGUCUCCCCAUUACUAGCCCACUGUAGUUCUCAGUGGGGCCAAGUUGCUACUUGAUUUCUCCACAUUGUUAUUUUGUGAGGCUGGGUUUACUGCGUGUAUAUGUGUGUGUGGUGUGUGUGCGCGUUUUGCUUUUGCAUGUAUCUGCUGAAUGACUGCGUACAUGUGAAAGUAUAAUUUUUCUGCCAUGUCGACAUCCGGAACACUGACUAGUUACUACGUCGAUUCCCUCAUUCUGUCCGAGAGCGAGGAGGUCUCUGUGCCGAGAUACUCCUCUGGUCCUGGGCUCCAGCACGCCAGGCAACCCGCCUCCAUCAGCGAUCACAGCGAGCUCGGGACUUGCACUUUCACGUCCAAACCUCCGGUAUUCGGGCCGUCAUGGAGUCACGUCCCGGCUCAGUUCCCAGGCACCGUCUCCUCUGUUUAUCAUCACCACUAUGGGCAUCCCCAAGGCCCGGUGGGUGCAGAUACAGAUGGCCGGUAUCAGUCGUGGCUGCUCGAGCCCAUGUCUGGUUCCUUGCCCAUGACCGGAUUACCGACGACCCAUCACCACGGAAUCAAACCGGAGGGUCUGGGUACGCGAGCUGACGGAGCGCUGCCGGGCUCCCACACGGCGCUGCUGCUCUCUGAUUACGCCAACGGGACCGUGGCGACGACAUCACCGGUGGAAAAGGACGCACUGUCCGGCCAAGCAGGGGACAUGAGCGGGGAGGGCGAAGAGAAACCGGGCCUGGAUCCGAAUAACCCAGUGUCCAACUGGCUCCACGCGAGUGCCACGAGAAAAAAGCGCUGUCCGUACACCAAGCACCAGAUCCUGGAGCUGGAGAAAGAGUUCCUCUUUAACACCUACCUGACCAGGGAUCGUAGGUAUGAGGUGGCGAGGCUGUUAAACCUCACCGAGAGACAGGUUAAAAUCUGGUUCCAGAACCGCAGGAUGAAGAUGAAGAAGUUUAAUAAAGACGGCGCACCGAAAGACGAGUGACUGAACCGUAGAUAAACAGUAUUUAGGCUGAUGGUGAGCUUUGUGUGUGAAAGCUCUUAUCUCUGCUGGACCUUGUUUUUUUUAAACUUCAUUGUCUUAUUGUUCUAUAUAACAGAAGCUAUUAGGCUUAUUUGUCUUGUUAAAAAAAACGCAUGUUGGGCUUCAGUUUGAUGCGACUACCUUUAUAUUGCACAAUUUUAACAGUGCCCACUCGUUUAAUUAGUUCUUUUCUAUUUUUCUUAUGUUGAUUUUAAUUAAUACCUCGUUAAAGUGUAUUAGUUGGCCUGGUCCCUGUGCUUGUUUGUGUAUGGAUGUUUCUAGCUGUGUGUGUUUUCUGGUUUGUAGCUAUAUUUGUUGUCUAUCUCUGAGGAGUCACCUGAGCGCAUAGUUAAAAUGUGUUAAUUUUAUUGUUUCUCCCUCACUGCUAGAACUACGUCUGAUGACCAUGAGUUUGAAUCUAACAUUGGAACCGUAGGGAAAAAAAACUGACUGAGCGCAUUUUGAAGUAGGUACAUAAACCUCACAAACCUCUUGAAAAUGCUAACUGAAUUAAAAUGUGUUAUAGAAGCUAUUUUACAUGACAUUGUUGACUACCUAUAUGUCUUUCAACUACCUACAAUAGCUUAACCCCCCCCCCCCGAUGGCGGAUUACAGUAGAUUUGCUUGCAUUAGAUAUUAAACUAUGUUUGAAUUUCAGGGAGUAACAUUUUGAAAGAGCAUAAUGUUUGUUAGUGAGAGAAAAUUAAACACUGUAGGCUACUUA